UCCGUACGGCUUCGCUGAGGGCCGUGGCCUGACGGAGGGCCCCCCAAGCCCUACUGGCCCGAGCCGCGGUGGCGGAGGAGAGGAACGGCCGCCGCCUCGCCGUCUUCCCAAAUGUCGCAGACAGCCAUGUCCGAGACCUACGAUUUCCUAUUUAAAUUUUUGGUCAUUGGAAAUGCUGGAACAGGCAAAUCCUGUUUGCUUCAUCAGUUUAUUGAAAAGAAAUUCAAAGAUGAUUCAAAUCAUACCAUAGGAGUGGAGUUUGGUUCAAAAAUAAUAAAUGUAGGAGGUAAAUAUGUAAAAUUACAGAUAUGGGAUACAGCUGGACAAGAACGAUUCAGAUCUGUAACACGAAGCUACUAUAGAGGUGCUGCAGGUGCCCUGCUUGUUUAUGACAUUACCAGUCGGGAAACCUACAAUGCACUUACUAACUGGCUGACGGAUGCAAGGAUGCUAGCAAGUCAGAAUAUUGUAAUAAUACUGUGUGGAAACAAAAAGGAUCUUGAUGGAGAUAGGGAAGUCACUUUUUUGGAAGCAUCCAGAUUUGCUCAAGAAAAUGAGCUGAUGUUUUUGGAAACAAGUGCAUUGACAGGGGAGAAUGUCGAAGAGGCCUUUGUACAAUGUGCAAGAAAAAUACUUAAUAAAAUUGAGUCAGGUGAACUGGAUCCAGAAAGGAUGGGCUCAGGUAUUCAGUAUGGAGAUGCUGCCUUGAGACAGCUGCGAUCUCCUCGAAGAGCACAAGCUCAGAGUGUUCAAGAAUGUGGCUGCUAGAAACAAAGAACAAUUCAUUUUAAGUUAAAAGGCUGUCUUUCCAAACAACAAUUUCAUUAAAAAACUGUCAUGGCUUCAAGACUUUGCAGUCUUAGAACUCCUUUUUGAUUCAACAAA